CUCCUGAAGGAUAUAACCAGUAGACCAUUGUCUUUGAGGCGCGUUCUCUUUUUGGGCAUUUAAAAAUAAAAGCAAAUGUUAAUUUUCCCUUGACUUCAGGGAUAUUAAAAUUCUGCUUUACUGCCUCUUUUUAUUCCUGCCACCUUUGUUGCGUGCCUAGCGACACUUCUUCAGUUUCUCAGGAAUAUGGACGUAGGUAUUCAGGAAUCUGACGAACAGAUGACUUUGUUCCGAUCAUGUUUCAUCAGUUUUGUACUAGAGGGCCACUAUUAAGAAAAGAAAUACAAACAAAAAGCUGUUCAAACUUUCAAUUGUAGAUAUUUUAGUAUUCAGUUUAUUUUGGUUAAUUAUUUUUAGUCAUAGGUUCAACAAACUGCGUGCCAAUGGGGUGAGAUUUUUAGCUAAAGUCUAAAGGACCAUUAGCCAGAUUAUUAAUUACGAGGUCACUCAGGGAAACUGUGAAGUGCAAAUAUGAAUUCCAUCCUUCAGCUAUAACUUGUGCAAGGCAACCAGGAGCCUCAGCUGACUGUAGCAGAAAAUUGGCUGUGUCAGAUGACUCGGUUUCAAGCCAUGAACUACAAUGGUGCUGGAAGCUAUAGGCUUAGGAAUUUUAGAGAUUAACCAUUGUGGAUCCAGGACUGAUUUUUCAAUUCCGUAUUAGAGAAGUAUUCACUUACAAGAAUUGGUUAAAUGGCUCCCAACUCUUUUAGGGUGAUUUUUAUUUCUUUUGCCUUUGAACGUUUGCUGGUAUGUUGUCAUGUAUAUCUGGGGCUUCCCAGUUAGAGAAAUAGACUUAUCUGGUUUCCAAUGCAGUGUUUCUCCUUUUCAUUAUAUGCCUUUCCAAACUGUAGAAAGAUGCACUGAUGCUCCCACUGCGUCCCACACAGAUUGUUCCUCUGUAAGGAUGAAUGAGGAGAUCAUAAUCUACAUGACACCAAACCAGAACUUCCAGCAGAAGCACACAGCAAAAAACAAACUCAAGAAUAAAUCUAAUUCAAGGGAGCUGCCGUUAACCAAGGGCGUGCUAAGACACCACACACGUUUUAAAAAGCAUCAAGUUGCAGCAAAAGAUAUCACUGGCAAAGCAGAUCGUGUCCCUUUUCCGUGGAGGCUCGUCUCCGUGGUGCUCAGCAUCCUGUGCCUUUUCCUCAUGGCCACCGUUAUCACAGUGGCCUUUUUUACUGCAAACUCAACUUCCAAACGAACAUCUUUUCUGGUCCAGCAAAAAGAAAAUCUUUGUCCAGGACCUCCGUACCACCCUUGUCCAAAGAACUGGGUGUGGUUCAAAUGUAGUUGCUACUACUUCUCCAAGGAAAAGCUGACUUGGAGAGAGAGCCAACGUGCCUGUUUAUCUUUCAAUGCCACUCUCAUGAAGAUAGACAGGGAAGAAUGGCAUUUCUUCUCUUUGGACUCUUUCCAUUGGAUUGGCGUCUACUCUAAGGCAACGGAUAAGCACUGGUUAUGGGAAAAUGAUUCGGCUGUCCCCUCCGAUACAUUUUUUCUUCCUUUGUUUCAGAAACGCGUCUGCCUUUCUUAUAAAUCAAAAGGAGUUUGUUUUAGUGAGGACUGUGAGAAUACACUGCCUUACAUUUGUAAGAAUCAUCUAUGAAUUCACAGAAGAGAUGAAAAUUAUUCUUGUCUCAUCCUACGUCUUGACAGUACUGCUAGUGGUCACUUCCUUGUUCUAUGGAGAAAUAUGGAAAAUCUAUUUCUUUGGUUUAAUAAAGAUAAAAUGUUGUCAAUCAGAUUCUAAUGUCUUUUUUUCAAAUGUACU